CCCUAGUUAUAACUCCCCAAACCCCACACUGGUCUCUCUCUCUCUCUCUCUCUCUCAUAUUUUGUCUCCGUUUACUCUCCUUUCUUCGAUGUUAUAUAAGCGACUCCUUGGUUCCUCUUCUCUCUACAUAAAGGCGAACCUCACUAUCACCCAUUCCCUCAAAUGGAGGACCCAGGCCACUCUUCCAUGGGCAAGUCUCAUUGUUCCAAGGAAGGGACACCUCUGUCUGAGGAGAGUGGUUGGACCUCCUAUCUCGAGGACUUCUUAGCAUCACAGAAGAAGGAAGGUUCUACUUCUACUGGUUUUUCUCCUAAUAUUGGUGGUGGGUCUUCCAUGGUCUCUGAUGCCGCUUCAUACGUCGCAUGGAAGCCUCCAGCUCACGCCGAGCCAUCCAAGGGGUGCAAGAAGUUAAGCUUUAAGAAAAGGAAGGCAAAGGUGACCUUGGGGGAUGAUCCCCUGGAGGAUACUGCUAGUUCUCCUCUUAACAGUCCUAAGAGAAAGAGUCUGGGAAGUGCUAAUUGUGGAGAGCCGAGGGGAGAAGAGAUUGAUGAAAUGAAUUUUAGCGAGAAGAAAUUUGAGGGUUCAGAGAUGAGGAAAAAGGGACUAUGCUGGGACCCUUUAUCUAUGCUGUUAGACUAUCUCAGAUAAACCAUAUAUUAUAUGAAGAUUCUUUGUGUGUGUGUGUGUGUGUGUGUGUGUGGGUGGGUGUGUUUAUGUUGAGAGGAAGUUUUGGUGAGUGGUCUGGCUUCAAUAGGUCAUGCAUCAUUUUAUGUGUUUGGUCAUGUAAGUACUAGCUUUUAAAGAUUCCUUCUCUGAUUGAAGGCAAGAAGACCAAGGAAGAAUAUGUAAUGACAAACAGUUAAAAUUACAUGAUUGGAAUAAAACGAAAGGUUUGUAUUAUCA